CCACAGGAGCGGCUGCUGUGAGCAGAUACCCGCGGAGCUAACACCACGCAGAGCAAAGGCUGAGAAAAGAUUCAAGAUGCCUCCAAAGAAAGCAGAAGCCCCCAAAGCACCUCCAUUAAUUGGACGAUUUGGUACAUCUCUGAAAAUUGGCAUUGUGGGAUUGCCUAAUGUUGGAAAAUCUACUUUUUUCAAUGUGCUGACAAAAAGCCAAGCAUCUGCAGAAAACUUCCCGUUCUGCACCAUCGACCCAAACGAAAGCAGGGUGCCUGUGCCUGAUGAACGCUUCGACUUCCUGUGCCAGUACCACAAGCCAGCCAGUAAGGUUCCUGCUUUCCUGAAUGUUGUGGACAUCGCUGGUCUUGUAAAGGGGGCUCAUUCGGGUCAAGGACUUGGAAACGCCUUCCUCUCCAACAUCAGUGCCUGCGAUAGCAUUUUCCAUAUGACUCGUGCAUUUGACGAUGAGGACAUUAUCCACGUGGAAGGCAAUGUCGACCCAGUGAGAGACAUCGAGAUCAUCCACGAGGAGCUGCGGCUAAAGGACGAGGAAAUGAUCGAUCCCGUCAUAGACAAGCUUGAAAAGACCGCCGUCAGGGGAGGAGACAAAAAACUAAAACCUGAAUAUGACAUCAUGAUGAAGAUAAAAAACUGGGUGGUGGAGGAGAAAAAACACAUCAGAUUUUACGACUGGAACGACAAAGAGAUCGAGGUCCUGAACAAAUACCUGUUUCUGACAUCAAAGCCCAUGAUCUACCUGGUUAACCUCUCAGAGAAGGAUUACAUCAGAAAGAAGAACAAAUGGUAUGUUUGCCUAAGGAAAGGAGAAAAUAUCUCAUGA